AUGGCUGGGAAGUUCACUCAGUAUCUGCGCGGCACAGAAAGCAAGCCUGGUGAGGCUGCGCUUCUCCGCAAGAUCGACUUCUUCAUCCUCACUUUCUGCUGUCUUAUGUACUUUGCCAAUUACCUGGAUCGAACAAACUUGAACAAUGCAUAUGUCUCUGGAAUGAAGGAGGAUUUGAAUUUUAAGGGGAACCAGCUCAAUUUGAUUAACACAAUCUUUACCGUCGGGUACAUUCUCGGCCAGGUUCCCUCCAACCUAGCCCUCAUCCAUUUCAAGCCGAGAAUCUUUUUUCCGUCCAUGAUGUUGUUCUGGGGUGGUUUGACCAUGAUUACUGCCUCUGUCAAAAACCCACAGUCGAUCAUGGCCAUCCGUUUCUUCUUAGGCCUGGCUGAGUCCAGCACUUUUGUUGGCACCCACUAUAUUCUCGGCUCAUGGUACACAGAGCGAGAGCUGGGAAAGAGAAGCGGUAUUUUCACUGCCUCAGGCCUUGCCGGGACCAUGUUUGGUGGCUUUAUUCAGACCGGUAUUCAUAAGUCGCUCCACGGUGCUAGGGGCAUGGCUGGUUGGAGAUGGUUGUUUAUUGUUGAUGGCCUCAUCACAGUCCCUAUUGCCUUAUAUGGUCUAUUCCUCUUCCCCGACACCCCCGCUACCACCAACGCCCCGUAUCUGAACGACGACGAACGCGCGCUUGCCAUCUCCCGCGUUCCUGAACCACUCCGCGAGCGCACCCCAAUCAGCCUUUCUUUCGUCAAGCGGAUCUUCUCCUCCUGGCACUGGUACGGUUUCGUCAUGCUUUGGGUCAUUGCAGGAGAGACCGAGUCUUUCUCCACCAACGCCCUACUGGCCCUGUAUAUGAAAUCUCACCCGACCAAUAAAUACACUGUCCCGCAAUUAAAUAACUAUCCCACCGGCGUGCCAGCGGUUGGCAUCAUCUCUACACUCUUCUGGGCGACCUUGACUGAUUUCCUUGGCGGCAAGAGAUACCUUGUCGGCUUCUGGAUUGGCAUUACUGGCGUGGCUACUUCGGCAAUGAUUCUUGCCCCCGGGUCGUCCACAGCGACGAUCUUUGGCGCAUAUUACUGGGCUGGCUCCGUGUAUGCGUGUCAGGCAACGUUCUUCGCAUGGGCGAAUGACGUCAUGCGCUACAAGGACGAUGCGAUGCGUAGCAUUGUCAUUGCUAGUAUGAAUAUGGGGAGCAAUGUGGUUAAUGCGUGGUGGGCUUUGCUGUUCUAUUCAGCUGACCAAGCGCCUUGGUUCACGAAAGGCAUGUGGGCUAUGAUUGCUUGCUCGAUUGCAAUGGCCAUAUGGACUGCUGGCAUUGUAUACUUCUCUGCCAAUGAUGCGAAACAGGAGGAGGCCCGAAGGCUGGAAGAAGUACCAGAGAAGCUGGCAGUUGUUUAG